UCAAGAAAUCCGUGCCUUUCUUUAGACCCCGCUCCUCUCUUUCUAUAGCUGCUCUCUGUCUCUCACACUCGUACAGGCGCAGAGGAGCAUAGAGUUCAAGAAAUGGUCCUUAUUACAAUGGCUCCUUCAAUGCAUGAAUUUUCAGCUCCCUUACUGUCAUCUGCCACAAGCAGUAGAAGCUGCAGCAUUAGCAGCACAAGCAGUGAAGCUGAUGAUAAUAGCCCACCCACAUCUCAUCGUUUUGAGCUUCGAGAUGUGGCCACCACAUAUGAAUUUUCAUGCAAAUCAUUGGCAGUGCUGUCCGGGCAUAUUGGUUCAGUUUCUUGCUUGGCUUUAUGUGGGGAAUUCAUCUUAAGUGCAUCACAAGGCAAGGACAUUAUAGUGUGGCAACAACCUGAUUUGAGGCAGUUCACAAAGUUCGGCCAAGGUGAUGGCUCGGUGAAAGCGCUUGUGGCUGUAGGCAAUAAGGUUUUCACUGCACAUCAAGAUAGUAAAAUCAGGGUAUGGAAGGUGUCAACAAGCUCGGAGAACGUCUUUAAGCUGAUCAACACACUUCCUACUACUAAAGACUAUUUGGGAAAGUUCAUGAAGCAAAGCAAUUAUGUCCAAACUCGUCGGCAUCACAAGCGAUUAUGGAUUGAACACGCAGACAGUAUUUCUUGUUUAGCAGUGUAUAAUGGGUUAGUUUAUUCAGGUUCAUGGGAUAAAACACUUAAAGUAUGGAGGAUAUCUGAUUUGAAAUGUUUAGAAUCCAUUAAAGCACAUGAUGAUGCUAUCAAUAGCUUAGUAGCUUGUAAAGGAAUUGUGUAUUCAGCAUCUGCAGAUGGGAAAAUAAAAGCUUGGGGAAAACAUGGGAACACCUCUCAUUCAUUGCAAGGGAUUUUAGAGGGUCAUAAAGAUGUUUCAUUGAAUUCAGUCACUGUUUCAGAGGAUGGAAAAUGGGUCUAUGGAGGUGGUUCAGAUGGGUAUAUUAUGGGCUGGGAAGGGAAUGCCAAUUUUAUUAGUUGGAAAUUAGUGAGUGAGACUAGAGCACACCAUAUGGCUGUUUUGUGUAUGUGCCUGAUGGGAGAGGUUUUGUGCAGUGGUUCAGCUGAUAAAACCAUAGGUAUUUGGAAGCGAGAGGCUUAUGGUAAACUUUGUAAAAUUGGGGUCAUUAAUGGUCAUCAAGGACCAAUCAAAUGUUUGCAGGCAUCACCCUGUAAUGUUGGCAAUGGUUUCUUGCUCUAUAGUGGUGGCCUUGACAAAACAGUAAGAGUCUGGUGGGUGCCCAAGAGGUUUGCUAUAUAAGUUAGUCAUCAAUUUUUUUUUUGUUUGUAAUGAAGUACUGCUUCCUCUUUUAAUCGUUUGUAGUGCUUCAAUAGUUUAUUUGUUGUUAAUUAGUUUUGUUUGAACUUAAGAACUUAGGAAAAAUCUUUUAUUGAAGCUUUGAGAAGAUAUGGUUUAGGGGUUCAUGUUUUAAUGUGCAGUUUCUUAGGGUAUAUUUGUCAGUGAUCGAUUUUUUGUCUUAUUGUUUUCAUACGGAUUUUUUGAAUUCUUGUGAAUUGUAAUUAGUCAUUUGUGAAAAGAAAAAAUAAAGAAUGUAAUAGUUUGCUUUAUUUGUUCAA